UUUCAAAUUGGUUCAUAAAUGCCAGGGUUCGGUUGUGGAAACCUAUGGUGGAAGACAUGUACCAGCAAGAGUCUAAAGAAGAAGAGGGGGAUAAUAAAGAAAGGAACGUAAAGGACAACAACAAUAUUGCACAAACAUCAACGCCUUCAACAGCCACAGUAUGCGUGGCAGGUGGCACAUUAACAUCACUGCUACCACCACCUCCUACAGCUUCUACAACGACGGCAGCGGCAGACAAAAGAUCCGAAAUAAAUGCCAUCGAAAACGACCCUUCACUCAUCGCAAUCAGUAAACAAUGCUUCUCGGAAAAACAAAAAACCAACACCACCAUUAGUACCGCCAACACCACGGCAACGGAGGUGGCGCCACCCAUCUCCCAGCCUUUCACCACCACAACCCCUCAUGACUCGGAUAUCCACCAAAGAUUAUUAGCUGGCUUCGAUGACACAUGUCAUCGUGGCAGCAGCAUCGUUGCAGCAGCAGAUUAUGGGACCAUCGCUGGUAACACUGACAUUGGUUCAACUCUCAUAAGGUUCGGGACCACGGCUAGUGAUGUUUCUCUCACUCUAGGGCUACGCCAUGCUGGGAACAUGCCCGAUAAGGCUUCUUCUUUCUCGGUUACAGAAUUUGGGGGCUGUUAGUUUCAAUCACAUAUUCCAUAGUAUUCUCUUGAAAUAGAAAAACAAAAUUAAUCCCAUUCUCAUUCCUUUUUAUAAUAAUUGUAUAGUAGUUUGCUUUUACUAUAUAAAUAUAAGAUUUUGUACCUUUAUGUAACUUGGAAAUAUUCAUGUUUUUGAGGGAUAGAAAGGGAGACAUAUGAUUAGAACUGCUCUUUUAAUUGUUAGGUAUUGGAAGAUGAUAGAUUAUCC